UCAUUUCUUCUCAUCAAGCAAUCAAGUUGCCACCUUUCCUUUGCUUGCCCCCAUUGCACUAUUCUUUUCCCAUCUCCUUCAAACCUUCAAAUGGCCACUGUUGAGGUUGAAUCAUCUCCGGCAACGAUCGUAGAGAAUGUCACGCCGGAAGUUGAGGUGAAGCCAGCGCCGGAGGAACCAGCGGUUGCGGCGGAGCCUGAGGCGGUGGCGGAGAAGCCGGUGGAAGAAACAACCCCGGAAGUUGCAGAGCCCGCGGCGGAGAAGCCAGCAGCCGAAGAAGAAGCGGAGACGCCGGCUGCCGAAGUCGCCGUCGAGACUAAGGAAGCCGUCGCGGAACCCGAAGCGCCGGCAGAAGAGAAGGCGGAGGAGCCGGCCGCCGCCGCAGUUGAAGAAGCGGCCGAGGUAACAGAGCCAGUAGCAGCCGAGGAGGUUGAAACCAAGACCGAGGAAGCAGCUCCGGCUCCACCGGCCGAGGCCGCCACAGAGGAGACCGUAGUCGCCGAGGCUGCGGCGGAGGAACCCGCCGCCGCCGCCGCUGAAGUUACUGAUGAGAAAUCUGCAGAGUAAAUUGAUCGUGGAUGGUUGUGCUGAGGUCUUUUUAGAAGGGGUUGGGUUAAGUUCUAUUUAUAUUUGCUGCUAUUAUAUAUGCUUUUUUAUUAUUAUUAUUAUUAUUAUUAUCAUUAUUAUAAGUAAGUAUGUUAUGAAUUAUAGUGAAGGAGAAUUUGUAAUGUCUGUCAUCACUUGGGUCACUAUCAGAUGAGGUUUGCUGUGGUUUGAUGAGAUGUGGUAUGGAGCUUUGGCAAAUAAUAAAAUUUAUUAGUUUAUGUUUC